UUGCUUGCGCAGAAGCUUUUCUCACAGAGAAAAUAAAAGCCUGAGCUACGUGUGGGGGCAGAGAUGGGUAAUUCUGAGAGCUCUUCACAGCUCCCGGCCGGAGCCGACGGCAGGCGUGGCGCCGUUCGGCGCGACAAUUCGGAAGAAGAAAACGAUGCGACUUUGUCAACGUCGAUCGAAAAGGCCGUGAAGGUGGGCGCGAAGGUGGCCGGGACUGCCCUGGUUGCGUGGGGGGCGUGGAACUUGGCGACUUCGUCGAGGUCGACUGAGCGUCCCGAGGAUGAUCGCCCCGGGAGCGCAGUCGGCGCGGCCAACACGCUACUUGAAGGAGCAUGUCAAGCAGCUGGACGGAUCAGCAGAGGCGGCCGCGGCUUGAUUCCUAACAAAGAUUACUUCUUCUACCAGCCUGAGAUAAAUUACCAAAAAUUCAUGACUUACAAUGUUUGGAAGCAAGAAGUGACGGACCGUUUUGGGAGGGUGUGGCCUGAAAGGAUUGAAGCGAUUGGCCGUCUUCUAGAAGAGCAUGAUCCGGAUGUAAUCUUCUUCCAGGAAGUUACUCCUAAUAUUUAUCAAAAUUUUCAAAGAUUUAACUGGUGGAAAUACUACGAAUGCUGGGAUUCAUCGGAGGAAGCAACUGGAGGAGAUUUUCUCAUAGUGUUGAGCAAGUUGCCUAUUGAAUCUAAAAGCUACAUAAGCACGAUAGGAAGGGAAAUCCCUAUAUGCAAGCUGGAUGCUGGCUCUGGCCGGAGACUACUUGUUGCUAAUGGACACCUGAAGUGCCACAACUCUCCGGCGGAAAUAAACAGGGAGAUACGUAAAACACAGGCAAAGGCAGUUAUGGACACCCUCGACAAUUCAUCGAAUGCUGUUUUCGGCGGCGACAUGAACUGGACCGAGAAGAAAGAUGGCCCGUUCCCUCUCCGCGAAGGCUGGGUCGAUGCUUGGACUUAUCUUAAAGGUAGUGACGACGGAUAUACGUAUGAUACGAAGUCGAACGAACAUCUGAAGGACCGAAGAACACUGCAGGAAAGGUUGGAUCGAUUCGUGUGCAAACUAAGCGACUUUAGCUUGAUCGACAUCGAACUGAUCGGGACGGAGGCAUAUCCUCCUAGUGAUCACUAUGGAUUGUUGCUGACUAUAUGUUAAGCGUACGUAGCAACUGGACUAUCAAGCAAGUGAAGUACUCUAUCAAUAUCAGGUGUGGUGUGUUUAUAUAUGUUUGCCUUUGUGACAAAGAACUAUCUCCUUUUGCUUUGGACGUGCUUAAUCUAGUAUGUGAAGUGUAAUUGUAAGGUACGCAGUGCAGGGAUAUUUUGCUUCAUAUACGUACAUGCAUGUGUGCGAGUAUAAUAAGUAUUUAAGUAAAUAAAAUGAGUGGU